AUGCUGGACGCUGUCGAGCCCAUGAACGGCGCCGCAUGGACACAAUGGAAGACUCUACACCAUCAAACCAAGGACCUGUCUCCAUGGCUGACCGAAGACAUCCGAGCUGAGCACCUACGGGCAUCAAAUCAUAGAGAACCCUCAGCCUCUCCUCCAAAACAUGCAUUCGCGCAGAUAUGGGCGAGCGUACAACAGCGACGCUGGAAGGUGUUGGCUGUAGUUGUAGCCAUAUGCAGCCUGUGCAUUUUAGCGGCUAUCCCUGCUUAUCUACCAGCAAAACAGCCAUCGACAGAGCCAGUGCCAGCGCCUAUACGAGUGCAAGGAAUCGCAACGUUCAACGACUACGCGGCUCAAGGGGAUACAGUAUGCUCCAAUGCGAACAGAUCUACCACCGCAGAUAAUACUGACAUCUUCGCCGCCGCCGCCGGUGACAUUAGUAGAGAUAUCUCUACUGGCUUGUGCACCGGUAGCCAACCGAACAUGGACUUCCAAUACAAUACUAGCGUCUGCACAGCAAACGGUGGCCAAUAUCCAUCCUCCAAUUACAUCCCGCCAUCCUGUCCCCCAGUAGCAGUACAGUGCGGCACCUGCUACCGCGUCGACAAUAUCGGCUUAUACGGCUCUUCUUCCAACGACCGAAUUUAUGGAAGUGUUAUCGUCGAGAUAGUAGACGCGUGUCCGGCCGGGAGUGCGCAGAAUUACUGCAAGACGGACGUGCCGGCCGAUGAACGAUGCGGAAGUAAUCAGACCAACAGCUUGGACAUCGAUGUCAGCGCUUACCAAAAUCUCACCGCGGGGAUGAACGGGGGUGUGGUGUGGGAUACGAGUCAACCGAACCUGAGGAUUAACAUCACGCUGGACGUGCCAUGCCAUAGUUGA